AUGUCAGAUGCAGCGGCGCGACGGCUCAUGAAGGAGCUGAAUCAGUUGAAAACUGAAAAUCCAGCCGGACUGCUCAUCGACAACACCAUAACGAGUCAUGAUUUGAAGCAAUGGAAAAUCGGAGUGGUGGGCGCCGAGGGAACGUUGUAUGCCGGCGAGGUGUUCACCUUGCAAUUCACAUUCGGACCACAGUACCCGUUUAAUUCGCCAGAGGUCAUGUUCGUCGGCGACACCAUCCCCGCGCACCCGCACAUCUACUCAAACGGUCAUAUCUGUCUAUCGAUUCUAUCUGACGAUUGGACGCCAGCCCUCAGCGUCCAAUCAGUGUGCCUUUCGAUUCUCUCGAUGCUCUCAUCGUCAAAAGAGAAGAAGCAUCCGAUCGACGACGCGAUCUAUGUGAGAACGUGCAAUAAGAAUCCGAGUAAGACUCGCUGGUGGUUCCAU